AUGCGGCUGCUCAUGUUGCCUGUUGCGUCUUGUCUAGCUGCGGCAGCGCUGGCUGCUAGCCACGAAAAUGCGCUACCCUCAUACCACUACAACGCCCCGAUUCGUGUGGAGUGCAUGAACCGCAGCUCAGAAACGGGUGAACACGUCGAAAACGACAAACACGAGAUCCAAUGGAUCCCCUUCCCCAUCUGCGAAGAGACCAACGCGCCACUCGAGUUCCACUACGGCGUCGAAGGCGAGCAAAACUGCACCAUCCCAAUGAUCACCGACCCCUUCUUUCACUUGCUCGAGUUCUACAUCCACAACGAUGCGCCGCUCUCCUGCCGGCUGCCCGCGCGGCCCCCGCCCCACGUCGAGGUCGUCGGCGAGGAAACGCCUGAGCAAGAGUACAUCCCGCUCGUGUUUGCGCUCGCAGGGACUCUCCAGCUGAGCCACAUGCACAUCAGCACGCAUCUCAACGUGCUGCUACACAGCACGCCGAAACACCACAUCCACCCGCACGACAGCGGCGUGUUAGACAGCGGGACGGCCUACAGCACCAGCCCGCUCACGCACCUUGAGGGCAGCGCCACGCGGCGGUUAGUUAUUGGCGAUCCGCUGCCCCUUAGCUUUAGUGUGCGGUGGUUCCCGACCCCGUCGUUGCCCAAGGUGGGCGGCAAAGUGGAAUGGUCGGGCAUGGGGGGACAUAUUUACGCGAGUACAAUCUUUUACGGGCUGGUCUCGUUUUGUGCUGGCGUGGUGGUCUCGGCCGUGUACUUUUUUGGGUCUGUGCUACCGAAACGGCUGAAGGCGCGGGGGAUGGGGGGUGCCACGCCCCUGGGUUACGGGUUGAAUGGUGUGGGCAAUGGUUGGGGGUAUCAGAAACGGGCGGUGGAUUAG